AUGGUGCAUGGCUUGGAUGCUCUUGCCCAGCAGGUGCAGCAGCCCGUGGCCCCGCCCAUGGCGCCUCCCUUUCCAACUGCGCCCGUGGCUCCCCCCGGUGCAGGGCCACUGCCGCUGCCGGAGCUCAGCGGCGUGAUGGGGGUGACAGGUGUGACCUCCUACCCGUCGGACACCUCCACACAGCACGUGGGACAUGUGGGACAUGUGGGGCCCGCGCGGAGCCCUGGCUUGGACGAGUCCCGGCGUCUGGAGCGCCGCUGCGAAGAGCUGAGCCAGGAGCUGCAGCAGUCCGAGGCGGCGCGCACGGAGGUGGCGCGGCGGCUGCGCGGGAUGGAGGCCGAGCUCGAGCAGCUGCGCGAGGGCCGGCGCCGGGCGGAGCUCCGCGCCGAGGACUCCAGCCGCCAACUCGAGGAGUCCGAGGCCUCCUGGCGCCAGCGCCACGCCGCGCUGCAUCGCCAGCUCCACCGGACGGAAGUGGCGCUGGCCUCGCGCGCGGGAAUUGAGGCUCACUGA